AUGGGCGUCAAGUGGCAGAAACGAUACUUCCGCGUGAACGACAAGGGAAUGCACUACUACGAGACCAACGGACCAAACGAGAAACCAAAGGGGUACAAGAUGUUUACGAAGAACAGCACAGUUAUUGACCACAUCGACGCCGCGGCACACCCAAAAUGCACGGACCACCGCUACUACUACUUUGCCAUCACUGUGAAUGACUCUAAUAGACCCUUCUACCUGCGCACACCGAGCGAAGAGGAAAUGCGGCGGUGGGUGACGUUCAUGCAGCUUGCCUUUGCACGGGUGCGUCUCACGACGAUUGGCCAUGACCAGAACCCGAGUCGUUGGCGUGCACGGAUGGAGGGGCUCAAAGAGGCUGACAUUGGUCUCAUCGACUUGGUACACGCCUCCGCGCUGGUUGUGGAGAAGCUAAAGCGGCAGCACGAGGAGUUGAAAGAGCGUGUCAGUUCGGAGCGGGUGCAGCGCGGGUUGAUGGAGACGCAGGUGAUGGAGAUGCAGAAACAGCAAGAUCUCCUUGCCCAUCGCAUCGCCGAGGCCAAAGAUCAGGCGCGCGUUGCGGAGGACGACAUCGACGCCAAAUGUCUCGAGUUGGCGGAGCGUGCUGCGUUUGUGAAGCAGCGACGGCUGGAGAUGGACGACGAACUCGAGGAGACGCGCCGCAGUAUCGAUAGCAUCACGCAGGCCGUCCUCAAGCUGCAGUGCGACAUACUCGAUCUGGAGAGUGAGUGCGAGACGCGUGAUGCGCGUGUGCAGCAGGUGUAUAGCAAGUGGCGGCGCUGCGAGGAGCGGCGCUCACCCGAAGCUGGUGGCGGCUGGCACACCAGUCCAUAG